AUGCCUACACCGCUCUCUCCAAGAUUCGACCCAGAAGCACCACAGCACAACGACCAGUGGGCUAAGCUUUGGGAGGAACAGGUGACGCCAUGGGACCGCUCAGAGCCAUCACCAGCGCUUGUGGAGCUGCUUGAAGCACAGGCGGACCUCUUCCAAUGCAAAGACGUAGAGCCUACACUGAAGAAGAGGGUUCUUGUACCAGGCUGUGGUCGUGGCUACGAUGUUGGCCUUUUCUCGCGCACUCUAGACGCGAAGCAAUUUGAUCAAGUCAUUGGUCUCGAGGUCUCUCCAGGCGCCGUCGAGGCUGCCAAGAGCCACUUGAACGAAAACUCUGGCAAAAUUGCAGCUCAUGUCGUGCUUGGAGACUUUUUUGACAAGAUGGAUACCUCCCUGCAAGAACCAUUUGCAAUCAUCUAUGACUAUACGUUCCUAUGCGCUAUGCCGCCCCAUCGGCGAUCGGCUUGGGCUCAAAGAAUGGCAGAGCUGACUGCUCCUGGGAGUCUACUCGUCACUCUUCAGCAUCCGCUGGACGAGCAUGAAGGCGGCCCACCAUUCUCCUUAACGAGCGCUCUCUACGACGAGCUGCUGCUUGGAGCGUUCGACAAGGUAUACUUUGAAAGGCCAACCAAGUCGUUCAAGCUCGAGACAUCCAAGCUUGACAUGAUUGCGGUGUUCAAGAAGCACUAG